AUGGGUAACAAAACAGUGGUUUCCCUGUUACUUGGUUCCCUCAGAAAACACUGGUUUUCCUUUGCUGUUCUGCAUACAGUACCUUCUCCAGGCAAGUUCCGCUCCCCUGCAGCACCAUCUCCAUUGGCUCUUCGGCAACCAGUGAAAGCAUUUAGUAACCAUGGCUCUGGUUCUGGUAGCCAAGAAACUACCCAGUUCCCACAAACCACCUCCUCACCUGGGCCUCCCGUGGUGCAGAACACAGCCCCAGCAAACCCUUCCAGCAAUAUCAACAGCGCCACUCUAACCAGACCUGCAGGGACAACUGCAAUGAGGAGUGGCCUGCCCCGGCCUAGCGCCCCUUCUGCGGGGGGCAUCCCAGUGCCUCGCAGCAAGCUUGUCCAGCCUGUUCGAAGAUCUUUGCCAGCUCCUAAAACCUAUGGUAGCAUGAAAGAUGACAGUUGGAAAGAUGGCUGUUACUGACCAGCAGAGAUGAGGACACAUGUCCACAGCUUCAUGGACACCCCUUCACCAAGCUGAAACCAACUUUUAUAUGCAGACUCUUCAGAUGAGACUCUUGGGUUUGCAAACUCCCAGCCUCUCUGUCUUAAUAGCACAACUGACGGAGACGAGGAAGCAGCACUUUAAAGCCACGUGACAUCGGAUGUGUUUGGUAAUCAUGCAGUCCCUCUCCAUGGGCUCACUUAGCUUUGUUCACUAGAAACACGGUUCAUUUUAUUAUUUGACAGAGGCCAAUAUCUGGGCAAAUACCUACUGGAUGCCAAAGAGAAAUGCCCAUUUGUAAAGAGAGUACCUGUGUACAUGGAAAGAUGGUGAGCCUAGGCUAUCCAAAACCUCGCCUUCAACCUACUCUGCUGUACAAAUAGUAUCAAUAAAUACUGUGUUAACAAGAACUAGUAUUCUGACUAAUUAAAUUGUCUGAUUAGCCCUUCAGGAUACAGUAAAUUAUAAAGAUUGGGAGAGAAAAAGGAAAGACCUGAGCUAAAGACUUAAACUGUCCUACUACCUGUGUUUAGGAAAGAUUUAUAAAUUACUUUUGCAAGCUCACUGGGAAAAGUACCUUACAAUUUAAACAUAGUUCCAUGUAGCCAUGUCCAGAUGGUGUCCCAGUGCACGCCCACAGCCUUGCAUCAACACCUCAGACUUGUGUGUACCUGUUUCUGAUUGCCAGAAGGGCUCACUGUCAGUUGUACAAUCUCUAACUUUGUAGUUCCUGGCUCAGGAAGGACGGCCUUUGCCAUUGAAGCCAACUCACUCACACGCUGUUUUCUGUCACGCAACUAAAGAUCUCGUUUCCAUCCCCAGGUUUCUAUGAUGUGAAAGAACAGUUAUAUGUGUCUUUGUUCUUGACAAAAUAACACCUCAGAACUUACAACCUGGAAUAAAACCAUAUCAUAAGAGGAGGGGAAAUCUAUGCACUUAACUAUAAGAAUCUCUGGUGAUGACAGUUGUAUUGUUGCUCGUAAGCGGCAGAACGGUCUGUUAUGUGGUAGUCGAUCCACUUUAAACUGAAUAACUGUAUGAAGUAUCUUUUUAAAAUACUGUCCCUUUUAACUUAGAUUCUGCCUUACAUCAGCGUUUUCAUUGUUUGGUAACAAAUCAUCCAACUCUACCUUGCUAAAUACUUGCUCUCUGAUGGCGUAUGUGUGUAUAUACCCCUUGUUGCUCUCUGAUGGCGUAUGUGUGUGUGUAUAUGCCCCUUGUUGCUCUCUGAUGGC